AUGGUCCGAUGCUUGCCGAUCAAACCUCUCGUCCUACCAGCGGCCACGAAUGCAGACGAUGUGGCUACGAACCUAGAAGCGGGUAUCGAGGAAGGGAAACCAGAUUCGACGGUGCCCGCAAAGGAGGUUCCUGGUACAACCUCGACCAGCCCGAGCAAAUUAAAAAGUGUCGGUCGGCUGAACAGAAAUGAGAGCAUUAAAGCAGACACCCAGCAACAUCCUAAUGUGCUACGACGGACGAACACAUGGGCUCGCUCAACGGGCAGCUUGUUAAGGAUGGCAUCAGAAAAUGCUACCAUUAACGUACUGCGAACAUCGCUGUUUGAAAUGCACGAUCGAAUGAGUUACCGCUGGGUGCUGCAUCCGCAGUCUCCUUUCAAAGCAUUUUGGGAUCUUCUCAGUGCAGCUAUCGUCGUUUACUACUCGUGGAUUAUCCCGUUCAUGUUGUGCUUCUACUGGUACGAGCCGUCUACAAGUUCUAGGACUUUCAUGAAAGUCCUGGAUGUCUGGGGCUUUGCCGACAUUGCGCUUCGAUUUCGCACUGGUUACAUUGAAUACGGCGCUGUUGUAAUGAACCCUCGCAAAAUUCGACAAGCCUACACCCGCUCUGUCUGGUUUCCAAUUGAUCUAGCUUCUUCAAUUCCUUUCGAAUACUUUGUUAAAGACACCGCCAGCGUAUCGACAAGAAAAACCUUCAAAAUGAUCAAGUACAUCAAGCUACCGCGGUUGCUUCGUUUGGGGCGCUUCGUUAAGUAUCUUAAGCGGUACAAGCGAUACUCAAGCCUCACAAUCUCGCUCAACGCAAUGAUUUUCUCUGGUCAUGUAGCAGGCUGUUUAUGGGUGGCCAUACUUAAACCGUGUGCCGACGCCAUUGAAGCCACCCGAUCGCACUGCCAAGAUGGUGGUGAGAUGGAUGUCUAUUGGGUCGCCUUUCACCAUGGAAUAGUAUCCUUGUUGGGCGUAUCUGCUACUCAUGUAGAAGCCAACGACCGGUUUCUUAGCGGAGGAUACAAUCAUAUCGCUAGUGACGACUUGAACAGCACUAUCUACCUAUGGUCCAGUGCAGUAUCUGUCUACGGUGCCAUCGUGUCCGCCAUUCUCUUCGGUACUAUCAUCGGAUUAGUUCAAAGGGCCGAAAACGCCUUCCGAAAGAAAAUGGACCAUGUGACCCACGAGAUGGAUGCGCUAAGUUUGCCAAAACCAUUACGAAAUCGAGCACUGUCGGAGCAACUGAAUUUGCUGCAUGACCCAGGAAUGUCAAUGACACUGCGCCGACAAAUUGCCAUUUACCUGUUUAAGGACAAUCUCUUAAAGAUCCCGUUCUUUCAGCUAGCCACCGACGCUGUACUGGGUAUGAUCUGUAUGCAGCUGCAUCAGGUCAUCUACAUGCCCGACGAUUUCAUUAUCCAAGAAGGUGAAAUUGGUAAGGAGCUUUUUAUGAUCGUGAAAGGCAUCGUGCGUGUGCUGCCUCCAAAUGGCUGCAAGAAACCAGAAGCCGAGACCAUCAUCCUGCUUAGUGAAGGCGACUUUUUCGGCGAGAUCGGCGUGGUCAUGGAGGUUGAACGAACUCGCAGCGUGAAAGCCGAAUGUAUGGCAGAGCUCUGUGUUCUAGCUCGAGAGGGUUUUGACAAAAUCCUGGUAGAGUUUCCAGAGUUCGCAACCGCAAUGAAAAAGCUAAUCGUGAAACGGGUUGGCGAAAUGUGGAAGGAUGACGGCCCAGAGCGCAUGGAGAAGAUGACGGCACUCGCGGACGCCAAGAUGAAGAAAACCAUUCAGACAUACAAGAACAUGGAUAAGUUUCGUAACAAAACUCGUGCUCUGGCAACCUUCCGUCCGCGCUUGUCGAAUAUCCUCAGCGCAACGGGAAACCUUACACCAGUCGAAAUCCGAGGAGAUGAAGGGAGCGGGCUAACGAAAAAUGAGAUUGUAGCUGCUGCCGCUGCUGCCGCGGCUGAGGUUGCCACAACGCCCACCACUCCGGACAAGCCUCCACUCGAUGCGAUAACGGAAGACGGAGUCGACGAGAGGAAAACAUCAUCUACCACCUCAAUACUGGGUGUGGCAGCGUCGGGGAACAUUUACUCUCCUGGUAGACCCAGCACUGACGCAUUGGAGCUAACCGAUCGAAGAUCGCAAGGUGCUGUGGCUUCCAUUCCGUCAACGCGUCCUUCUCCACUUCAAUUGCAGCAACUAGAAAUGCAGUUGCGAGUCGUCGAGCAGAAGAUGGAGUCGAGCUGGACCGCAAGCUUGAGGAGAUUCUGCGUCAUUUUGUCUCUUCUCCCUAAGCAAAUACCGUACAUGUUGUACUCGCCUCCGUCGUGA